AGUAACUAAUCCGCAUUCCGCAAUUAGAAGAACAUAGGAAUAAGGAGUCAUGCAAAUGGGUGUGAUGACACUAUCUAGAUUUUGAAUCUAACUCACUGAUUCACUCACUCACUCACUCACUCACUACAUCAUUAUGACAGGUAGAACUGCAACAUUCAAUUGCUGGAAUCGUUACAAAAAGGUAGCUUUCAUCUGGUUUAUCUCUGCGUUCUGCUUCUACGUUUUGUUCCAAAUGCUUCUUCAUAACUCAUCAAACACCCUUUCAUCACCUUCUUCAGAUUCUUCAAAUUUAAAUACAGAGAGAAGAUCCAAAUUAUAUGAUAAAAUGGCAAGGGAUCUUGAUGAGCAUGGAGCUGCUUUUUUGAAACAUGGUGAAACCUCUCAGUCACUGACUAUUUCGGAUAUCUUUACUCUGAAAGAUGGAUCUGUAACACCUGUAUUAAAGCCUGCAACUCCUCCGGUGCGAGCUAAUGUGUUGUAUUUGAACUCUGAAUUCUCGGUGCCAAUUGCGGAUGCUGUCAAAAAUAUUUUUAAUCCAUACUUUGAUAAAGCAAUCUGGUUUCAGAACUCGAGUAUGUACCAUUUUAGCAUGUUUCAUGCCUCCCACCAUAUUGUACCUGUACCUGCCACCAAAGAAGAGAUAGAAGCUGAAGCAUCUUCAGUGCAAACUGUUGCUGCAAGGAUCUGCCCUUUGAAUAUUGUUUUGGAUAGGGUGGUUUUAACUUCAACUGGGGUGCUGCUUGGUGGCUGGCAGGUAAUCUCGGGUACAGAUCCCAUAACCAUUCGCGCUAGGUUGAAGAAUGUGCUUCCACAUGCACCAGAGAAGCAACUUUAUGAUGCUGCAAUUCUUCACACUACAUUUGCAAGGCUUUUGGGUCCACCUAGAGCAUCAUCUACGGAACUAAAAACAUCAGAUGAACUCCAAUUUUUUCACGAGUUAGUGAAUCGGCUUAAUAGUCAGAUCCGUGGAUUCAAGGCAGUGGUGUCCGAACUUUGGUACGUAGAGGAACAUGAUGUGCUUGCCCUUGCAUUAAAUGGAAAAAUGAACAUUCACAAAUUCAAGCUUGGUUGCUCAAGAGAUUGAAGUUUAGACAUGCAUAUUAAACUUUACUGAAUUAGAAUGCAAUGAAAUAAUAUGCACAUGUACAAGAAUCAAAUAGUCUAAAGAAGAAACUGUCUUAUUUUUUAAGUCAGUUCAAAUAGUAUAUAUUUCUUAGGUUUGAUGUACCAAUAUGUAUGAUGUAGAACAAUCCUUUAUAUGGUUAAACAUUGUAACUGAAUUCUGAAAACUGAAAAGAAUAACAUGCUGAGUUGAGAAAACGUAAAA